UCGGAGUGAAAUCGUGACGACAGGGUCGCUUGCCUCACAAAAAAGAAGGGGUUUUACGAAUUACUCGAGCAGGCGGAAAGAGACAUGGGAGGGUUUGGAGCGUUAUGGGGCACUCGAGUGCUGGCCAUCGUGAGGAGGAACGAUUCGCCGGGCCUGCUCUGGAAGAAGAUAAAGCUCACAACUACCCGCAAGAACAACGCCAAGAAGCGCCUUCGCCGGGUCUGGCAGAAUGAAGCUGUCUUGAGGGCAUGUGCUGAAGAGCAAGAUCCGAAUGCUUCAUCUGCUACUUCCAGUUUGAAGAACAAUGGACAUUAACUAUUUACAAAUGUGUCAUCAUGAAAUUAAUGGGUCCUCAAAAAGUUUUUUUUUCCCCCAAAUGUUUUGUUCUGUAAUACAUAACAUUUUACUGAUUAUAACCGGUGCCUUCUUUUUUUUUUU